AUUCAACCGUCCCUCUUCCUCCGCCGUCUCUCUUCCCUUCUUCCUCAAAAAGCCAAGUCCCUUCGCAAUGGCUCCGUCAACCUCGUCAGCCUCGUGGCUGUCUUCUGCCCUGGCCCUUUGCGCCAUCUUGUGCCUUUCGGUACCCGUCAAUGCCCUGUACUUCUACAUGGACGGGCGUCAGACCAAGUGUUUCUUCGAGGAACUGCCCAAGGAUACUCUGGUCGUUGGAAGCUUCUCCACCGAGGUCAUCAACCAGCAAUCGAACACGUAUUCCGUCGACCCCAACCUGAAGGUCCUCAUCACCGUCGACGAGAUCUUCGACAAUGACCACCGGGUCGUGUCCAAGCGCGACGGCAACUCCGGCCGCUUCACCUUCUCCGCCGCCGAGUCCGGCCAGCACAAGAUCUGCCUGACGCCCGAGACCAACGCUGCCACCGGCGGAUGGCUGUCCGGGGCCCCCGGCGGUGCCGUGCGCGUGUCGCUGGACAUGGCCAUCGGAGAGACCAGCAAGAUCGAGACCGAGGACAAGGGCAAGAUGCAGGACAUUGUGCAGAAGGUCAAGGACCUGAACAGCCGGUUGCAGGACAUUCGUCGCGAGCAGGUCUUCCAGCGGGAACGUGAGGCCGAAUUCCGUGAUCAAUCCGAGGCUACCAACGGGCGUGUCGUUCGCUGGACCCUGAUCCAGCUCGCCGUGCUGUCCGCCGCGUGCGCCUGGCAGUUGUCUCAUCUCCGCUCUUUCUUCAUCAAGCAGAAGCUGACAUGAAGCAAAUGACGAUGGGGAGAAACGAAACGAGAUAGAGACAAAAAAACACAAAACCAUAAAUAGGCAAAGGGACGAAAGAUGUUGUUAGUGGUCUUGUACGGCGUAUCGUGAGCAUGGGAUUAUCUGGUUUCAACUUCUUCUGGUUAUCCUAGGGUUCGAUUCAUCUUGAGCAUCAAUUGAGACAGUUCUCGCGGUCUGGUUCUUUGUCGGUCGGGGGAGGUUGGCUGUAGAUCGGCCACAUUGGCAUUGGACAAGAUGUCCUACGCUUGUCCGGUUGGCAGCACCUGUGAUAUAAAUGAGUUUGAUUGAUGGGAUAUGGAUAUAAUGACCUAAGCUUUGUUUCAAGCCAAGUUACUCUUUUACCAGCCACUGCAAUCUUAUCC